CACUGUCUAGGCACAAGCUUGCAGGCAGCAAAAUCAAACAUGUUUUCCCAGAGGAAUUAAUAUCUAGUAAAACCCAGGAGGCAGCAAGUUUAUACCACAUCUAUAAACCAGUCUCAGUGGGAGUGAGAACAGAGCUGCAGACAGGUCCUUUUGACAGUUAACUCUUGCCAAAAUGUGGAAAAGGGCGAAGAACACAGGUCCCAGCACCAACAGACGAAGCUUCUCCAUCGUUCAUCAAUACAUUCAACGUUUUAAUGAGGUGUCCGGCAACAAGACAGCUGUCAUCCGAAGAAGAUCGAAGACUCCUGGAGUAAUGAUCACGCAGUAUGUAGUAAACAUGCCAGAGGGAAAAAGCACCCCAGAUUUCCAGUGUAAACCAAUCCCAGUAACCAUUAAAGAAGGUAAAUUAGCUGUUUUCAAGGCCAUGGUGAUAGGGGAUCCAAAACCAGAGGUGUCAUGGAGAAGAACCAAAGGGACAAUAUCAGACAAGGACAAAUUUCAGAGUAAAUAUGAUGAAUCAACUGGAGAGCAUAUAUUAGAGAUUCACAAAGUGUCUGCUGUGGAAGCAGAUACAUACAAAUGCUACGCUGUGAACGAAUAUGGCAAAGCUGUCUGCACAACAACACUGAACGUGACUGAGGCUUCAACAAAUCCAUCAGAUUUCAGAAAACUGCUGCGGAAAAGUAAAGUAGAGCAAAACCAGGAAAAACAAGCAGAUGGGGAAACUGAUAAAAGAUUCUGGGACACGAUGCUGAACGCUGACAGGAAAGACUAUGAGCGUAUCUGUACUGAGUUUGGUUUUGCAGACUUGGAUUUGAUUCUCAAGAAACUGGAGGAGAAGAAGAGGGACAGAGUGCCUAAUAUGUGUAAGGAUGGUGUAAUUCCCUAUGAUGAAGAUGCAACAGAGAAACACAGCCUAAAGAGUGCUGGGAGGACAGAUUUUAGAAUCAAGGGCCUGAUGCAAAAGGACACCGGGCUAAAUCCGGUGGAUGAAGACGUCAUCCUUCUCAACACAGGCCUGAAUCAGGUGGAUGAAGACGUCAACCUCUUCCCUACAGACUUCAAACUUUCCAAUGUGGACUUUGUUAUAAAAAUUCAAGAGGUUAAAACUCAAGAAAGAGAGGCUGCCCUUUUUGAGUGUGUCCUGACACACCCUAUACCCCAGAUCACAUGGAUGGGCAAGGGUAGUGUCCUGGAGGAUGGAGAGAAAUACAGCAUAACCGUGUCAGACCACAAAUUGAUCCAUAGGCUGAUGAUCAAGGACUGCAAGCAGCUGGACAAAGGCAUCUAUUCAGCUGUAGCUGGCAUUACAUCCUGCAGUGCCUGGCUGGUUGUGGAAGCUGAGAGUGACCCAGCGUCUGCUGGUAAGAAGAAAGCUCAUAAAACUACCUUGGCUGGUGGAGCACGGGCUGACCUUGAGAAAGUGGCAAGAGAACAACAAAUAAAAAACCGAGAGGAAAUGGAGAAGAUUUUAGCAUCUGUAAAAGCAAAAUAUGAAGAAGGACAACAGAAAGACAAGAAGACAUUAACCACUAGUGAAAGAGAUGGUGAAAUAACUGCAGUCACUGGACCGGGUAAAGAUGGCAGAGCAGUAAAGGACAAGACUAAUGCUGCAAAAGCCAGUGCCAUGUCUGACUCAACUGGGAGCAAAGAUAAAGCAAAGAUCCAAAACUCAAGAGGAGAUGGCACAGUUACAACAUUAGAUGUUUCAGAGAGCGCAACAAAAGCAGAAAUGCAACUGAGAGUAGAUGAACCCAAGAACAAGAAACACACUAGAUCUGGUCAAGCGGAUUUUGACAAGGUAACAGAUACAAAUGAAGGAGGUUAUUCCGAAGAGAAUGAGGACUUCAAUGAAUCUGCCAAUAAUUCAAGACACAUAAAACAUGGUCAAGAGACAGAUAAUAGAGAAAUUGAAUCCAGCAGCAAAAAUGUUGAUGUUCAAUUAAGAACGGAUUCUGAUGGAAAUAUAGACUCUACUGGAUCGGUCAGACACCAAAAGCACACAAAGAAGGUCCAAUGGAAACCAGAAACAUCUGAUACAAAUGAAGGAGGAUAUUCUGAAGAGAAUAAGGACUCCAUUGAAUCUUCAAAUAAUUCAAGAUACCGAAAACAUGGUCAAGAGACAGAACAGAAAGAAAAUGAAUCCAGUGGCAAAGGUGUUGAUGUAGAGUUAAACCAGAUUCAACAACUUUCCAAAAGUCAAAAUGAAGUGAUUGAUUCUGAUGGAAAUAUAGACUAUACUCGGUCUGUCAGACGCCAAAGGCACACAAGGAGAAGUCAACGGAAACAACACACAUCCGAUCCAAAUGAGCUAGCAAGUGACGAUGAAGCAAGUGACAGUGAUGAGAAUGAAGACUCUACUGGCCAGAAGAAUUCAGGUUCUUCAAAGGAAAGCCAACAGCCACAGAAAGCAGUCAAUGAUGAAAGUGCAGGUCCUAAAGACCACAGCGAGUGUGACGAGACUGAAGAUGCAACUGGCUUUGCCACACACUCAAGGCGUAAAAGACAAGGCCCACUGAUAGAAGAUAUAGUGAUUGAUCCAGGGGUUCAGUUCAUCUGUGGUUUGUCUGAUGUCACCGCGAUCAUCAAUGAGAGUGCUGUGUUAACAUGUAAGCUCAGCAGUGAAGACUGCGAGGGAGCCUGGUUCAGAGACGGCAAAAAGAUAUCCCCAGAUGACAAUUUCACUAUCACUAAUGAUGGUGCAAUCCAUAAAUUAGUCAUAAUCAGGUGCAAGGAAGAGCACUCUGGGAAAUACCGUUUUGAGGCAGAUGGUCGUAAAACAGAGGCGAUGAUCAACGUCAAAGAUCCCCCAAGGUUUGACCCUAAAGACUUCAGUGCAUUCACUGAGCCUGUAAAAGUUAAAGUGGGGCACAAUGCCAUUUUUAAACUGCAUUUUGUUGGCCAUGAACCCAUAAAGAUUCAGUGGUACAAAGAGGGAGAAGAGCUCCAAGAUGACAACAAUACAAAGAUUGAGAAAUCUGCAAGUCACAGCCGCUUGCUCCUGAGCAGGUGCCAGAGGAAGGAAACAGGAGAGAUCAAGAUCAAGCUCAAGAACGAGCAUGGCUUCACCGAGGCAAUUUCACAGCUAAUUGUGCUUGACAAACCUACUUCACCCCUGGGCCCUGCAGAGCUAACAGAGAGCUCAGCUGUAUGUAUUGAAUUUAGGUGGAGGCCUCCAAAGGACGAUGGUGGCUCACCAGUGAUUAACUACAUAAUGGAGCGACAGCAAGUAGGACGCAACACCUGGAAGAAAAUAGGGGAAAUCCCAGGUGUGCCCAGCUACCGUGAUACAGAUGUGGAACAUGGCCGGAAAUACUGUUACCGUAUUCGGGCAGUGACCGCGGAGGGUACAAGUGAAGUGAUGGAGACUGACGAUAUGCAAGCCGGCACACUCGCUUUUCCAGGCCCUCCAGCACCUCCACAGGUGAUCAGUGCCUCUGACGACUGCAUCAACAUUUCCUGGGCUUCACCAAGUAACCGAGGAGGUUCACGUAUCCUCGGCUAUAUUUUAGAGAAACGCAAGAAGGGGAGUAACCUCUGGACCGUUGUCAAUGCCAUGGAUGAACUAAUCAAAGAGAAGAAAUAUGCUGUGAAAGAUGUUGUGGCAGGUAUGGAAUAUGAAUUCCGGGUUACUGCCAUAAACCUCUCAGGAGCUGGUGAAUUUAGCAGCCCAUCAGAGUUUGUUUUUGCACGGGAUCCCAAGAAGCCUCCUGGAAAAGUCACAAACCUGAAGGUGACAGAAACUUCUUAUUCCCACUUGGUCCUGACUUGGACCAAACCUGAGGAUAAACCAGGCAUACAGGAUGAAGCAAAGGGAUAUUUUGUUGAGAUUCGGCAGGCAGAGACCAUUGAAUGGUCCCGCUGUAAUACCACCCCCAUCAUCACUACUUCCUUCAAUGUGAAAGGCCUCAAGUCCAUGGACAUGUACUGGGUGAGAGUGAUUGCGACUAAUGAUGGGGGAGAGAGCGCUCCAGCGGAGUUGGCCAACUAUGUCCUUGCAAUGCCCUCGCCUGUGAGGCCAAAGUUCACCAACCACAAGAUGAUGAGUUUUAUGGUGGUGAGGGCAGGAAACUCUGUCAGGAUCACAGUGAACUAUGAGGCCUCCCCAUGGCCAGAUAUUAUAUGGCUAAAGGACAAUGUGCCAGUAACAAAGCGAGUUACAAUCAGUAACUCUGACGGAUCAUCCCAGCUGCUGAUCCCCUCCUCUGAGCGCUCUGAUUCUGGCAUCUACUCCAUUUUGGUGAAAAAUCUUGCAGGACAGGAGACAUUUAGUACAGAGGUCAGAGUCACAGAUGAUCCAAAGCCUCCUGGACCGGUAGAAUUGGAGGAAAACGUCCCUGGCACAGUGACAGUGAUCUGGGACCCUUCUCCUGAUGAGAAGCGCGAUGACCGCCUCCACUACACAGUGUCCAAACUGGACUCUGCCAAACGCACGUGGACCACAGUGGCUGACAGGCUCUUCAAUAACAAGUUCACAGUCAGCAAUAUCAUGCACGGGAGGGAAUAUAAUUUCCGGGUCUAUGCCAAAAACGACAUGGGAAUAUCUGCCCCCUCAGAGUCACCAACCUGGGGGACAGAGAAGAAGAAAGAAAAGUUUGUGGUGAGUACACCGACCAGGAAGGACUGUGAUUUGCGAUGCGCCCCAACCAUCAUUGUGCCUUUGAAGCUUCACACUGCACCCAAAGGCUACGAAUGCUACAUGAGUUGUGCAGUGACGGGAAAUCCCAAACCUCGUGUCACGUGGUAUCGAAAUCACAUCAGCCUAAACACUAACGCCAACUAUUACAUCUCCAACACGUGUGGAGUUUGCUCCAUGUUGAUUCUCCGCGUAGGCCCCAAAGACAUGGGGGAGUAUACCGUCACUGCAGAGAACGCCCUCGGACGUGCUGAAUGCUCCACCAGCCUAUGUGUCAGAGAGUGAAGACUGUAAGAGCGCCACAAUGUGAGCAGUAUUUAUUUUAAGGUUUAGAAAUCUAAUUCAUGAUGUUUGAACUGAAGUGGUUGUGCUGCUUGGAUGUAAUGCACCAGUUGCAAU